GUUGCGCAGCUGAUUGUCGGUCAGGUGGAUCCCGGAUCAGGAACCGGAGAGGAGGCUGUGCCGCAGCCGGAGAGGAGGGUCUGUCUCUCUGUCACUGAGCCCCACAGAAGGGGAGGGAUGGUGAUGCUCCACCGCCUGCACACCCUCUCUCUGCAGGACAUCUUUCGGGGACGCUUGGCACCUUUCCAUCCCCUCAUGAUCUCAUCCCGAUAAACGGCUCCACAGUUUCCCCAUGGCGUCUCCUCAGCAGUCCCGGAUUCAGUCCUAUCUGGAGAGGAACAAGAUCGGACGCCUGUUUGAGGAGUUGAUGACCAAAUUGAUCACAGAGACCCCUGACCAUCCGAUCCCCUUCCUCAUCGAUCACCUGCAGACCAAGCAGGGCAGCCAGGGCAAGCUGCACCGAGCGCUGUCCGGCUCCGCAGCGCUGUGGGCUCAGAGCUCACCGGAGAGCAAAAACCCCCGCAGGGAGAACAGCAGCAGCUACGAGAAGCCGUGGCAAAUCCAUCCAAAGAAACCCAAGAAGUCCAAGAGCGACCUCGCUGUGUCCAGCAUCUCACCCCCCUCCCCGGAGUCCAAGUCCUUGCCGCGGUCCAUCGAGUGCCCGUCCUGGGACUGGAGGGAGAGCCGGGACUUCGACGAGCUGAACCACAUCCUGCAGGAGAGCAAGAAGCUGGGGAAGGCUCUGGAGAGUCUGUCCCGCAGCAUCGCCAUCUCUGAUGAGCUGGACCAGAAUUUGGGGGGCUAUAACUCGGUGGUGCGGCCCCGGGUGGUGGGGGAGUGGGUCGGGCGGGAGGAGGAGGACGCGGACCCCCUGGCCUCAGAGAUGCUGCAGCCCCCCGUCCCUCGAGCUAAAACUGAAGUGUGCUGGAGCGUAGACAGCAGCCCUGCAGGGAGUGUGAAAAUGGAGACGAAAAGCAAAGGCCUGAAGGAGCAGCAGCAGCAUCACAAGAAGCUGCUGGCGGCCAUGCUGUCCCAGGACUCCUUCGACUCGCUGCACAGCCCCCCCGGAGCCGAGGAGGACAUGGAGGACGAGGACGAGGCCAUGGAGCUGCUGGAGGACCUGGAUGACCUGAGGAUGGAGGGUGUGACGUGCCUGGCUCCGUCGGGCAGUAAGUUCAGUCAGGGUCGCAGCUCCUACCAGGCCGAGCCUCAGGCCAGAGUCACGCUUAACAUCUGCUCCAGGUGUGCCAGGCUGCAGGGGGACAGCCUAUCAGACGGCAGAUCUGAGGAGUGCCGGCCUCACACCUCAGAGCAGGCCGUGCCCGACAUCUCCGCUCCGUUGCCCGGGGUGGAUGCAGUGGCGGGUCGUCUGCAGGAAUUCGACGUCCUGUCUCAGGUGUCUCGUCAGGGAGUCUGGGAGGCUGAUCUGAAGCCAGCGAGACGAGGCAGCGCUGGGGGGCCGAUGCUGGGAGACCCCCUCUUCUCCAAGGAGCUGGAGAACAUGGGCAAACAGCUGGCGGAGGUGGAGAAGGACCUGGCGAAGCUGGCAGAGGUGGGGAAGCUGACGAGUCGGAGCUCGAACAACCCUCAUGGUCUGCACCACACCCCCCUCCUCCCCCCGCUGCACUCCCCCCAUCGCCACCGGGCGCUCCCCGACACCCUCCCCCUCACCAGCCUGCUCUCCAGACCCCAGUCUCCGAAGCACCUCGGUGGCGCUGGCCUCCCACUCCUCAGCCCCAAGCCCACCUCCCUCACCAUGGGCCGGAGUCCAUCUCCCAGCAACCCCAGCAGCAGGACUCAAACUCCCAGAACCCCCAGCAGGCCGCUGACCCCCAACAGCUUCCUGACCCGCUCCAGCUUCGACCGUGGAGCCCACAAGGAGGUGACCUUCAGGAGGUCCCGGAGCCGCCCGGUGACCCCUACCUGUCAGCCGGCUCGACCCCGACCCCUGCUCACCCCCCCCGGGCUCAGCACCACCGACAGCCUGGGGGCCAGCCUGAGGGCCUACCUGUCCGAGGAUGAGUUCUACCAGCAGCUCCAGGCCAUCCGGCAGCCAUGGCAUGUUCCCAGCGACACAGACAGCGACAUCCUGGAGCCUCCUGAGCAGGACAACAAUGGUGCUCGAGAUGCCAAUAAGAGAUCAGUGUUUUCAGGUCUAUAGUGACGGACUCCAGAGACUCUGAUCCACACUAUUAUGCAAACUGCUGGACAUUUUCAAUAUGUGUACAGAGACCAUUAUUUUUAUACUUCAUACGGAAAAAAGAUUGUAUACUUUUUUCACAGAUAUUUCAUAAUAUUGUACUGUAGGUGUAAUAUGACUACAACUUUAAUUUUGGUUUGCUCUUUAGCAUGCUAUUGCACUUCCACGUGGAGUCCACAGACAGACUGAAUGCUGUUAUAUCAAUUAAAAUGAUUUGGUGCACAUGUC